UAGCAACACAAUUAUUCACAAUUUUUUAUAAAAUAUUCGCAAUAAUAUAAAAAUGCAUUGCAAAAAAUGUAAAGACCACGGAUCUCUGACUAUACGUAAAGAACACGUAUAUUGCGUUAAUUGUUUCAUGAUAAAUGUAAAUCAUAAAUUUAGAGCAUGUAUUGGAAAAAACAAAAUUUUAUCAUCCAAUGAAAAGGUUUUGGUUUGUCUGACUGGGGGGCAAAGUUCCACAGUAUUACUGGACUUGAUUUAUAAUGGUUUACUUCAAGAUAGUCAUAAAAAAUUAAGAAUAAUCCCAUUUUUCUUGCACCUCACAGGAUUUGGAGAGAAGGAAACCGAUCAUAAGGUUGCGGAAUUAGUCAUUAACCAAUGCAAAUCCUAUGAAUUUAAUGUUUACAUUGUAAACAUUAGUAAAUUCUACUUUCAAAAAUCAAAUACUCUGCCUAAUAUAAACAAUUUAUCUGAGACAAAUACUGAAGAAGAUUUAAAGACAAAUCUAAAAAAUAUAUUAAACAAAGUGACUCCAACAUCAAGCAAUGAUAUAGAAAUGAAAAUAAAACAUGAUACAUUCAGACGAGUAGCUAAAGAAUGUCAGUGUAAUUUUAUUUUCACGGCAGAAACUACAACAACAUUGGCAGUUAACUUGCUCUCUAAUCUUGCAAUUGGACGAGGAUCACAAGUAGAAUAUGAUAUUGGUUUUUCAGAUAACCGUGAUGAAAUAAAAAUUCUGAGACCAAUAAAGGAUAUAACUGAAGAGGAAUUACAUCACUAUAUACAAAUAAAGAACCUCCCCCACAUAUCAGUUGAUAAAAUUCAAGAAAAUAGUCUUCAAUCAGUUAUAAAAAAAUUUGUGUGGGAUCUACAGGAGAAUUUCCCAGCUACUGUGUCAACUGUAUGUAAAACUGCUGAUAAAAUUGGAGCAAUUGAGAAAAGUGAUAAAAGAUGUCAAUUUUGUAAAAGCUCCCUUGCUUCAAAUAAUGAAAAACUUACAGCAAUGGAGGCGACAAACUUUUCAAGAACAGUUUCAAACUUUCAUCCCGGACAAAAUUUAAAUGAAACUAGACCAAUAGAAUCCACUAAUGAGUAUGACUCAUCAAUGUUCCCCUUCAUAAAUAAAUAUUUUUGUUAUUGUUGUAGUAGGAAUUAUUUGGAGUUAGGAAACCAAAAUAGCAAUCUAUUUAAAGAUGAAAAAUAAAAAUAAAAAUAUGCUGUCAAGCUAGUUCUCAGUAUAGAUCUAAUUUUAUUAAGGAUUUGUAAUUAACUCAUUACCAAAUGUAAUUUCAACUCAAAUAAAUCAUUGAAAGAAUGUUAUUUUACUA